AUGAGUGGUGUUGACGUGAAGCGCUUCGUGCGCUACUUCUACGACCCUCCACCAAAAUAUGAUGACAUGUCCGGGGCCUCUAUCUGGUUCCUAGGCAAGGAGUAUCCAGCGACACCGCCAAAGCCUGUUUCUACUACCGAUCACGAAGACAUUGUCGAAGUCGAGUCCUCAACCGAUUCUCAUGAUCCCUCCGAGGCCACCGCAUCGACCCAAGAUGAACAGCAAACGUCACGACCACCAGCGCAGUCUGGCAGUUUCGACGACGCCCAGCAUGUGUCGGGAGACAACCUUCCCUCCCUCUCGAACGAUCCAGCGGACGGUGGUUGGCCCCAGCCCUUUCUCGACGAUUUCGAAUCAAGAGUGUGGAUGACCUAUAGGUCCAACUUUCAACCUAUACUACGAUCGCAAGAUCCAUCAGCGGCCUCAGCGAUGACCUUCUCUGUACGCCUACGCAAUCUGACAGAGCGAGAAGGCUUCAGCAGCGACACUGGGUGGGGUUGCAUGAUCCGGUCUGGACAGUCUCUUCUCUCCAAUGCCCUAGUGAUGCUGCACCUUGGGAGGGAAUGGAGAAGACGACAGAAAUCCGAGCAAUCUACAGCCUCUUCAGAUCCAAAGUCUCUGCAAAGGACAGAAGCUUCUAUCCUCUCUCUCUUCGCUGACGAUCCCGCCGCGCCAUUUUCGGUCCAUCGCUUCGUCUCUCAUGGGGCAUCCGCCUGCGGCACCCACCCAGGGCAAUGGUUCGGUCCCUCAGCUACGGCAUCAUGCAUCGAAGCUCUUUCUUCCGAAUCAGCCUCCUCUGCUGGUCUUCGGGUCUACGUAACACCAUCUUCAAGCGAAGUCUUCGAGGACCGGUUCCGCAGCAUUGCCGCUGCCUCCCCAACAGAUCCUACCAUCCAGCCAACCCUCAUCCUCCUAGGCAUUCGACUAGGUAUCGACCGCAUCACACCUGUAUACCACGAAGCUCUCAAGUCCUCAUUGACCUACCCUCAAUCAGUCGGCAUUGCUGGAGGUCGGCCCUCAUCGAGCCACUACUUCAUCGGCUGCCAGGGCGACCUAUUCCUUUACCUUGAUCCGCACGAGACCCGCCCUGCAUUACCGUAUCACUCCCAUCCUUCAGAAUAUACAGAAGAAGAAAUCAGUUCGUGCCAUACGCGUAGAUUGCGCGGCCUGCGAAUGUCUGAGAUGGAUCCUAGCAUGCUGAUUGGCUUCCUCAUUCGGAACGACGCAGACUGGGAGGACUGGAAAAGAAGGCUCAAGGAAACGAAGGGUAGAGCCAUCAUACACGUUUACGACAAAACGCCACCGACGCCGGGCCAGGAGGAGCGGAAAGAGGCGGUAGACGAGGUGAGCACCUUCGACGACGAGGAGGAAGGCGAUGGAGACGAUGCUGUGACCGUGACGGGAAAGGAAUGA